AUGAACCAGAAGGUUGUUCUCAUCACUGGCUGCUCCUCUGGCAUUGGCCUGUCUCUGGCUGUUCGCAUUGCAAUGGAUGAGAAGAAGAGGUUCAUGGUGUAUGCUACCAUGAGGAACCUCAGUAAAGGUGGGGCCCUAGCGGAGGAAGCAGGCCGGACAUUGGGUCGGACCCUGGAAAUAAAACAGCCGGAUAUAUGCGAUGAGAAGUCAAUCAAGGCCUGCGUGGACAGUCUCCCAGACCGGAGAAUCGACAUCCUCAUCAGCAAUGCUGGGAUUGGUCUGAUUGGACCCAUCGAGUGCCAAACCAUAGAGGAAAUGAAGACGGUCAUGGACACCAACUUCUUUGGCCGGGUGCGCCUCCUGAAGGAGAUUCUCCCAGACAUGAAAAGGAGGAAGAGUGGUCACAUAGUGGUCAUCAGCAGUGUCAUGGGCAUUCAGGGUAUAUUGUUCAAUGACAUUUAUGCUGCAUCCAAGUUAGCUGUAGAGGGGUUCUGUGAGAGCCUGGCGGUCCAAGCGUUGAGGUUCAAUCUGAACAUAAGCCUCGUUGAGCCUGGUCCAGUGGUGACAGAAUUUGAGCGCAAGGUUUAUGAAGAAGGCAUGAAUACAGACUUAUCUAAAGCAGACAACGUGACAGCUGACAUGUUCAAAAAUAUCUACCUGAAGAACUACAAUCAGAUCUUUUCCAGUCUUGGACAGACACCAGAGGACAUAGCAGAGCACACCCACAAGAUCAUCACCAUGGAAAACCCACCGUUCCGUCACCAAACCAACACCCUCUACACACCCAUGACAACCCUAAAAUAUGCUGACCCUCAUGGUGAUCUGUCCAUUGAUACCUUCUACAAGAUGGUGUUUGAGCAUGACAAAGUCUUCAAUGCCAGUCUCAACUUCCUAAAGCUGCUCCGCUGGAAGAGUCGCAAGAGCUUCACUCUGGAAAAACUUCAAUCAUAG